UCAAACGAAGCCUCGAAAAGUUUUAAUUACAUCAACCUCCCCAAAAAAACCACUUUUUGGAAAUGAAGACAAGAGGAACCCAACACAACAGAUUCCUCCGCGUAAUCUCGAUCCCGUACCGGGCGCUUUGCAAGGUCCGGGACUUCUACGUCAACAGCAUCAUCGACUGCACCAACAGCAACGUCGUCGGCGUGCGCGGCGCCUCCCAGGCGGCGCCGCUGCCGCGGAGCUUCAGCCGCGCUAGCUCGGCGCGCUCCGACGACAGCGAAGAUUUUCGCGAGCUGGUCAGGGCGGCGUCGGCGAGCUGGCGCAGCAGCCGGCUCGACGCCGAGCUGAAGAUGCGGGCCGCCGCCGCCGGCGACGGCGAGAAGCGGUCGCUGCCGCCGCGGAGCGUCAGCGUCGGAAUGGGAAGGAUCGACGAGGAGCGGCCGUUGAAUUAUUUCGCGGGAGAGGGCGGCGGCGGUGAUCGGAGGAGUGUCGCCGGCGACGGGAAGAAGAUGGAUUUGAAGUAUCCGAGGAGCAAAAGUCACGCCGUCGUGAGAACUUCGUUUUGACUGUGAUCCGCCAUCGCCGCCGUGGAAGAGAAGCUUUUCCGGUGGGUGUUAAUUGUCGGGGAGCGAUUUCGGGAAGAUUGCGCGCAGGGGAUGGUCCGGGAGUACGGGUCCCGGAGUGGCUGAGCUAUUCCGCGUUGAGGAAUUCUGUGGAUUGCCAAUGGUUUUAAGAUUUAUUAUUAUUAUUUUCGUGAUUGAAGAAAAAUAGAAAAUAGAGUAAUUAAGGUAUGUUUAGUUGGCAUAUUAUCCGUCAAAAGUUUUCUUUUGAAAAUAUGAAGUUAAUUCUUUCAUUUUUUAAUAGUAUUAUUAAAAAGAUUUUAUUCUCUAUUUAAUAUCAUAUUCCAUA